CUUCACGUUUAUUUCAUGAAAAUGUCUGAAUCAAGGAUAUUACCUUCAUCACUAAUGUUGCUGGUUCUUCUCAGCCUUCUAAUAGCUUCCUUUUUCGACGCCACGUCUGCACAAAUCGGAGUAUGCUACGGGAGGUUAGGCAAUCCCCGGCCAAAUCCAUCAGACGUUGUGGCUCUUUACAAGCAGCGCAACAUCAAGAGGAUGCGGAUUUACGACCCCGACCACGAGACUCUCAACGCUCUCCGCAACUCCAACAUCGAGCUCAUCCUCGACGUUCCCAAAACAGACCUCGUACGCAUCGCCUCCAGCCAAGCCGAGGCCGACACGUGGGUCCAAAACAACGUCAAGAGCUACAACGGUGUCAGGUUCAGGUACAUCACGGUCGGAAACGAGGUGGAACCAUCGGAGCCAGCUGCGAGGGCUCUCUUCCAGGCCAUGAAAAACAUCGAUAACGCGGUUUCUAGAGCAGGACUGAGGAUCAAGGUGUCGACGGCUAUAGACAUGGGAGCCACCAUGGACACGUACCCUCCGUCGCACGGGAGAUUUAGAGAUGAUUAUAUCAGCUUUCUCGGACCAGUGAUAGGUUUCUUGGCGAGCAAGCAAUAUCCUCUGCUUUUGAAUAGCUACCCUUACUUCAGCUACAAGGACGACAUGGCGAACAUCCCUCUAGAGUACGCUCUGUUCAAACCGACUCCUCCGGUCAUUGACGGUCAGUACUCUUACCGAAACCUCUUCGACGCCCAGCUUGACUUGGUCUACGCGGCAUUGGAGAAAUCAGGGGGAGGAUCGUUGGAGAUCGUGGUGUCUGAGAGCGGUUGGCCAACGCAGGGAGGAGCAGGGACUAGCGUGGAGAAUGCUAUGACUUACGUUAAUAAUUUGAUACAACAUGUGAAGAGUGGAACUCCGAGAAGGCCAGGGAAAGCUAUAGAGACUUAUAUAUUCGCUAUGUUCGAUGAGAAUCAGAAGGGUCCCCCUGAGCUUGAGAAGUUCUGGGGGUUGUUUCUUCCUAGUAGACAGCCUAAGUAUAAUGUUAACUUCAACUAA